ACACUUUUAGAAUAUGUAGUCUUUUUAUUUAUGUCUUGACUUCUGUGUGAUGCGUUGUUUGUGAACUCUACAAAAGUUAAAGUCUAGUCAACUGUAAGUUAAUUUUUAGGGGUGAAAGUUGAGUAAAAAGUAUUUUCUAAUUUAAGUCAGUUCAAAUUUGUAAGAAAAAAAAAUUUGAAGUAAACAAUAUCGAAUAAUCAUCUUAGUUAAUUAAUUUUAUCAUUAAUCAAUGUAAUGGUGAUUGACAAGCAUGAAGCAAUGGAUACAGAUAACGUCGAAGAAGAUAGACAAGGAAAAAAAAGAUAGAAAAUAAAGCCAAGAGGGUUAAAAUAGUACCAAUAAUUAUAAUAAAAUGAAUUAUCACUUAGUAUAAAUUGAAUACUUAUCUGGGUCGGAAGAUCUGACAAAGGAACAAAUCACACAAUUACAAAUGGCUUUUGAUGCAUUCGAUCACCAAAAAAAGGGUAUUGUUAGUACAGACAUGAUUGGCACUAUGUUAAAUAUGUUAGGACAUGAAAUAAGGAGCAGUGUGCUAUCAGAAGUAGUUGCUGAGUUUGAUCCUCAUGGUAGAAAGGAAAUACGGUUCGAUACUUUCUGUAAUCUUGCAGCAAGAUUCUUAGAAGAUGACGCUGACACAGAAGCUAUACAGACAGAAUUACGAGAAGCCUUCCGACUUUACGAUAGAGAAGGAAAUGGCUACAUUACAACUGAAGUUUUUAGAGAUAUUCUUCACGAACUUGAUGACAACUUGACGCCAGAAGAACUUGAUAUGAUGAUUGAUGAAAUUGAUGCAGAUGGAUCAGGGACCCUUGACUUUGACGAGCCAAUUUUUUAGCAAUGGAAAAGACCACAAACUGUUUGCAAUGUUAAAGGCUUAUGGAUUCUUACUACUAUGACAAGGCU